AUGUAUCUUUUAAAAAAAGCUUCUGUUUCUGCCGUUCCUUGCGUUGUAGCCGGAGUGCGCAUGCGCAGCACGCCGUUAUUUUAGCUCACGCCCAAAGGUUGAGGGUUUCACCCCGGAAGAUGGCGACCGUUGUAAUGAUAAAUACGCUUCCUGCCAGUUCUGAGAAGAACCGAGAGAAAGCCCUGCAGAAGGUUGUGAGUCCUGACGCCUACAUCAAGCAUCCUUUACAAAACAGGUGGGCGCUCUGGUUUUUCAAAAAUGACAAGAGCAAAACGUGGCAAGCCAACCUCCGUCUGAUUUCCAAGUUUGACACCGUGGAAGACUUCUGGGCGUUGUAUAAUCACAUCCAGCUGUCCAGUAACCUGAUGUCUGGGUGCGACUACUCGCUGUUCAAGGAUGGCAUCGAACCCAUGUGGGAGGAUGACAGGAACCGACGAGGUGGUCGCUGGCUCAUAACUUUGUCCAAGCAGCAACGGAGAACCGACCUGGACCGGUUCUGGUUAGAGACGCUCUUGUGUCUUGUGGGGGAAGCGUUUGACGACCACAGCGACGACGUUUGUGGCGCAGUCAUUAACGUCAGAGCCAAAGGGGAUAAAAUCGCAGUGUGGACGACAGACUUUGAGAACAAAGACGCCAUCACACACAUAGGGCGAGUUUACAAGGAGAGAUUAGGCGUCCCACCAAAAGUGAUAAUCGGGUAUCAGUCGCACGCCGACACGGCCACAAAGAGCGGUUCCACCACCAAGAACAAGUUUGUUGCCUAAGGACCUCUGGACUCGUCUGCCAGUUACUUUGACCGAUUAUCCACCAGGAGGGGGCGCUGAAGAGUCCAGAUGGGAACCAGUGUUUUUGCUUUUGUUUGUGACGAGAGUGCAGGGAAAAAAUGCGGCACUUCUUUGGACACUUUAUUUUGUGGCAGCGGUUUCUGGUGUUAAAAUUUGAUUUGGCUUUUCUGAUCGGAUACGAAAUGAAGCGGUCUAAAUGAUUUGAAACUUUGCUAAAUUUAAAUUUGAGUUGAUAUUUUGCUGGGAUCUAAUAAUAUUAUCAUCUCCUUCAUUUUACAACAUUUUGAGUUUUGUCAAGUUAAAACGUGGCAUUUUGUCAUUAUUGGUCCAUAUUAGGCAACCAUGCUUUUUAUUGGCAUUUAUCUAAAAGCUGAAGACAUUUUUUUUGGACAAUGCAAAGUGUUUAACUUUGAGAAACUAAAUGCAUGGGCUUUUAUGCUUCAGGUAAUAUCUUGAAAAUGUCUCUUUGCAUCAUUGAGCUGCCAAAUAAUGACUUCUAGCCAGAACCACAGUGUGUCCGCUGUGCUACGGAGCCUUUUCCUGUCAAAUUCACGUCAGUCGUGGCUAAACUUCAUCGUUUGCUCCUUUUCAGACAGAUGUGAACGUUUUCAGCUGCAGAGCACAGACUUGUGUGAUAACUAGGUUAUUUAAAUGGAAAGUAAACCCUUUAACACUUUAAAGACCUCUAAUCUGCAGUGCACAAUAUAAAUUUAUUUAAAGUAAAAUUGUAUAUUUUUUUUUGUAACUAAACCGUGCCUUUGGUGACAAACCCUGUCUGCAUUUCUUAGUUUUACAAUGUAUGUACAAAGGACCGAUGUAAAUUGUACAGUGAUGUUUUUGUCUCAUAAGAAUAAGGAACGGAAAUAAAUAUAUAUUCAAUAAUGUAA